AUGUCUACCGCAGAACCCACUGGACCACUCUGUGCCAUUGGCAUUUACCGAGCGCCGGCCAGCGAUCCAGAGACGAACAACAAGUUCAGAAGCGAGAUGAAGAAGUUCAUGCAUGAUGCUCAUGUCCUCCCUGCUUCCAAGAACAACCUGCUGAAGCUAAAUGUGGUCUACCAAAACGACGAGCUUCAGGAAUCUGGGGCACUGAGCAAACUGGGCUUCCCACCAGCUCCUGCUACUGUGGUCGUGACUGUUGAAGCAAAGACCAAGCAAGAUAUGCUGAAGUGCCUGGAAGACUCCGAUCUCUGCAACCUAGUCUGGAAUGGCGCCUCGUUCGGGCUUCAAGAUGGUGCAUGUGUAUUCUCGGCCGACAUCGUCACCAAGAUCGACCAGUACAAGAGCCCCAAAGGGCACGAGACCUGUCACGGCCUUUUCGUCUUCAAGAUUCCCUCCGAAUAUCAUUUCACCGUUGGGGAGUACCACAAGAAAAUCGAAGAUAUGGUAGACAAGUUUAUCGCCCUUCCAAUUGCGCAACAGCACCUCGUCAAGCACACUAUUUGGCUUCAGAACCAGGAGUUGGACGAGGUAUUCAGACAUUGGCGUAUGCCCGACCCGGAGAAGACAGUUGUUUUGAUGCUGGAAUGCGAUACUUGGGAGAGCAUGAAUGAGCUCCUUACAGAUGACCACAUCCAGCGCAUCAUUCACGAGGCCAACGCCGACUUCAAGAUUCACGAAGACAGUAACUGUUUUACGGGAGAUGUAGUUAAUCUACUGUACGAGUAUUGA